AUGCAGAUGACGAAUCCAAGGAUUCACAGCUUGAUGUCAGAAAGCGGGAAAAUUAACAGACUCAGCUCAUCCCCAAGUGUUUCCUCCCCCAAGAACCAGUCUCCUCACUCCCCUAGCAGAGCAAACGAUGUUAUCGGAGCCCUCAAGGACUGGAACCUGGUGAAGGAGAAUCCAUUGACAGCCUUUCUUGAACGAGCUCCUUCCUCCCCUGCAAUGUUUCGAUCCUGUCGAAGACUUUCGGUUCCUCGUCUCGAUGUGCCCACUCGCAACCUAUCGCUCGUACAAGAUUCCUCCAAGAACGACUCGUCUAGGGUUCGGCAGGAGCAGCACGGAGAGCUGGAGCACAAAGACUUGUUCCUCAGGCUGGCAUCGAGCUCCUCAGCCGUACAGAGACGAUCGAGCAUGAGAGUGCUCUCCUCCCGUCACUCUCCAGUUGCUUCUCCUCGGCUCUCUCCCACUCCUCGGCUUUCUUCUCAACCAGAGCACAGUCCUUCAUCAGGAAAGUCCAGCUUAUUGAACCAGGAGACGCUCAAGCCCCCGCAAGUGUCGGAGGGGACCAAGGCAGGCAAGCUUCUGCUCCUCAACUUUCAUAUCGGGGACCUCGGACGCGCGCGUCACGAGCUGGGAGGGAUCAUGCGGCUCUCCUUACGUGAGCAGACGGUCGCCAUGUCGCAAAAAGACGACAACGGAAACACUCUACUGCACGCGCUGGUGGGGGGAGGAGGACUGGACUUCGAAGAGACUGCAGCAGAGGAGCAAGCAAAGGAACGAGAAAAGAUCGACCUCAGUGCGUUGAGUGCUGGUCGUGACAAGCUUGUCAAGAUGGGGGUUGAUCUUAACGCCGAGAACAACGAGGGGAAGACAGCUAUGGAUCUAUGUGAGUCGAAGCUGCUCAAAGAUCACCUGGAGGGUCGCAAGAAGAGCAUCACGUCGACCCCUGAGCGGACGGCUCUCCUGGCAGCCUUCAAGUGGAGGAAGCGAGCCGCCUUGAAGCUUUCCUUCCCCUUGGAGGCUGUCACAGGAGCUGAGCCCGAGUCUGAAGGAGGCUUUCUCAGCUCCUGCUCGACUCCUCUCAGUCGCGCUGUCAGUCAAUCUAGUCAACACCUAGAGGCCUCGAGCCCCAGCUCUUCGCCCCUCAAGGCUUUAGUCGCGCAUCCUGUCACCUAA